CACUUUGUAAGUCUGCAAGGAUGGGUGGUGUUUUGAAUUGUAGGCCACUUUACAUUAUAUGACUCAAUUGAGACAAGACAAACAACCACAGAAUCCGAAUAGAUUGAUCAAAAUAAACGCAAUUUUCAUUAAACAUAUUUAACCAUAACAAUAAAUUGCAGCAGAUAAUUUUCUAAAUUUGGUCACUUUAGUAAAUCUUGUAGCUUCUUGCAGAAACAAUCAAUAGAGUCUGACUCCAAAUUGUAGCUGAGUAAAAGGUUCUUCACUUUGCCAUUGUGAGGUAGGUGAUGAAUCGAAGGAGGAAAAUUGAACUGUUGAGGAAGGUUUUGGAUUUGUUCAUAAUGUGUUGUCUAAAGGAGGAGAAUAGAUUUGUAUCAGAAGCCAUGUCAGGUUAGUAACAGAGGUUUGGUAUGCAUAGUUGUCAAGCAGGCUUGCUUCUGAAACGUAAUUGAAUUUAAUUGUAUUUUUGAAAUGCUUCUCACUUUCACUUGUCUAUAAAUAUUGGCAUCUUCUGUUCAUUUUUGUGUUUUUGGUCAGAGCAAUUUUUCUUUACUUAUCUCCUCUUUCGUUUAGACAAUUGUUGGUUGUUGUUAAUUAUGGCUUUUACUGCUGGCCCUUUCCAUCCCCUUCGUUGCUUAUGCAAAGGGCAAGAUACAUGGAAAGUUAAGGUUCGCGUUCUUUGAUUGUGGGAAAUGUUUCCUGUUGAUGAACCUGGCAAAGCAUAUGCUAUUAAUCUUGUCUUGAUCGAUUCACAGGGUGUCAAAAUUGAGGCUUGUAUUAAGAAGAACUAUCUCAAUCAUGAGUUCAAGAUUUUCUUCAAUUUGAGGACACGGGUUGUGCCUGAAUCUUCAGAUGUUAUUCCAACGAUUGGGUUAUCCUUGAAAAACUCUGCUGACAUUGAAGCUACUCUUGAAGAAUCAGAUUUUCUCAUAGGUAAGUUAACUCCUUCCAUUUCAAUGAAGGAUUUUUUUUUUUGGUAUGAUGAUGAUGAUUAUGAGUUAAGGUUUAUGUGUUUUAUACUUAUCUGUGGUGUAUUACAUUGUGUUGUAAUUGGAAUGCCAAUUGAAUUUAUAUCUUAUGUAAGCUAUGAUAUUGAGGGAUGCUAGCAAUAUGUUUGACCGUUGGUUAUUUAGUGAAAUGUAUUUGUGAUUUACUAAAAAAAAACAGGAUCACUUGGAAAGCAAUGAGGGUGAUCCUAAGUUACUUGUAUUCAUUCCGUA